AUGGAGGACCAGAGUGCGAGCCUUGCCGAGUUCGUCAAGCAUGAGGUCUGCGGCAUCACAUUCGACAUAGUGAACAGAUACUCGAACUUGGAGGUGCUGGAGAUGGGAGGCUUGGGCCUCGGGUCGGUUUGCUCAGCGACAGACAGCAUUGCGGCGAGCCGUGUGGCUAUCAAAAAAAUUCCAGCACCAUUCCAGAGUCCCGAGUCGGCCAAGCAGACAUUUAGAGAAAUUCGUCUUCUCCGACAAUUGAAACAUGACAAUGUUGUCGCUUUGCUCGAUCUCUUCAUUUCGCCGCUUGAUGACGUAUACCUCGUCUCGGAAUUGUUAAGCACAAACCUGGAGAAGAUCAUGCGAAAAGGGCCUCUAGACAGUCAGUUUUCGCAGUAUUUCUUCUAUCAGAUAAUGCGUGGGCUCAAAUAUAUUCACUCGGCCGGCGUCAUUCAUCGCGACCUCAAACCGACAAACAUUCUCGUGAACGAAAACUGCGACUUGAAAAUUUGCGACUUUGGCCUUGCCCGGUCGGUGGAUUUCUUCAUGACCGGAUAUGUCACAACCAGGUUCUACCGCGCCCCCGAAACCAUGCUCACCUGGAAACAUUAUGAUGAACAGGUUGAUGUUUGGAGUGCGGCUUGCAUCCUAGCCGAGAUGAUAGAGGGAAAACCUUUGUUCCCAGGCAAAGAUGCAUUUGAUCAGUUCAUGGUUAUCUCGAGUGUCCUUGGGUCUGUCCCUCAAGACAUGGUAGAUACAAUUACCACGAAGAAUACCUUGAACCUUCUCCAGUCGUCGCCACCGAAAGAACGACAGGACUUGAAAGAAUAUCUGCGAAAAGCGUCACCUGAAGGUGCCAUCGAUAUUUUGGAUAAAAUGCUUGUUUAUAACCCACGGGUGCGACUCGACACUUCAGCGGCCCUUUCGCACCCGUAUCUGGCUUCGUACCACGACCCGAACGAUGAACCAGUCGCAGACCGCUUAUUAAACCCGCAUCUCGAAAAUCAAGACGGUUCAGGGGACUGGUGGAGAGUGCAAAUAUACUCGGAAAUCAUGGAUCAUCUCGGUGCUCCUGUGUCUUAA